AUGCGGCGGAGCGCGGAGGUGGCCGUGGUGGGCGCGGGCGCGGCGGGGCUGGUGGCCGCGCGCGAGCUGCUCCGCGAGGGCCACGCCGUGGCCGUCUUCGAGAAGUCAGGCCGCGUGGGGGGCACCUGGGCGUACGACCCGCGCGCGGACGCGGACCCGCUGGGCCGCGACCCGGGCGCCCCCGGCGCCGUGCACGGCAGCCUCUACGCGUCGCUGCGCACCAACCUGCCACGCGAGCUCAUGGGCUUCUCGGGCUUCCCGCUGGCGGGGCGGGUGUUCGCCGACGAUCCGCGCACGUUCCCGGGCCACCGGGAGGUGCUCGCCUUCCUCGACGCCUUCGCCGUGGAUUCCGGCGUCGCCGCGCACGUCAGGCUCCGUGCCGAAGUGCUGCGGGUGCGGCCGCUCGGUCGGGGACAGGGGCAGCACUGGGCGGUGGCGUGGCGCGGGGAGGACGGCGAGGUGGUGGAGGAGGCAUUCGACGCCGUCGUCGUCUGCAGCGGCCACUGCUCGGUGCCUCUGCUGCCCAAGAUCCGAGGAAUUAACAAGUGGCGGGGAAAGCAAAUGCACAGCCACAAUUAUCGCACACCAGAACCAUUUCAAGAUCAGAGUGUUGUAGUUGUAGGAUUGGGGGCUAGCGGAAUUGACAUUGCUAGAGAAAUCUCACAUGUGGCAAAGGAAGUGCAUAUCGCAGCUAGGUACUCUGAGGACAGGCUUGGAAAGAUUGAACUCUACCAUAACGCUUGGAUGCACGGCGAGAUAGAGUGCAUCCAAGAUGAUGGCCAGGUGCGCUUUGCCGAAGGUUCAUCUGUUUCUGCAGACACCAUUCUUUACUGCACAGGGUACCGCUACCAUUUCCCGUUCCUCGACCUGGAUGGGUUCACCAUUGACGACAACCGCGUCGGGCCACUGUACAAGCACGUCUUCCCACCCAAGUAUGCGCCCAAUCUCUCUUUCGUUGGGCUGCCAUACAAGAGCAUCAUCUUCUCGUCACUAGAGCUGGAAUCCAAGUGGGUCGCUGCCGUCCUGUCGGGGCGUGCCAAGCUGCCGAGCAAGGAGGGCAUGAUGGCCGACGUGGAGGAGGACUACCAGCGCAUGGAGGACGCCGGGAAGCCGAAGCGCCACACCCACACACUGUGGCCUCGAUGGGUGGAGUACCUGAACUGGCUGGCGGACCAGGUCGGCGAGCCGCACCUGGAGCCGCGGAGGUGCGAGAUGUACGAGAAGGCGCUCAAGUGCAUCUGGUCCCUGGACGAGGGCUACCGUGAUCGAUGGGAAGAAGAAAGCAUUGGCAGCGGCUCACCAUAG